GAUGUCUAGGUGGAUGAAGAAGUAGAAGUAGGAACUGGAAGCAGAUUGGCACUGCAGCUACAUGCUCAGCCCAGCACUAUCACUGCGGUAAGAAGGAGGAAGGCAGACAUCAGGGAGCAAAUCUGCCUCUGUUCUGGGAACGGACUGGAGGGGCACUGCUGUUUACGGAAAAAAGCACUGCAGUGACACUUGCACAGUCCUCAAAAUUGAAAAGACAUGAACGAAAUGGACCCAAAUGAGCUAUCCUUGUAUUGAGCUGUGUAGCUCCUCAUCUUGAUAUGGGUGGCACACUGUAUAACUGUAAUGUUAAGUAUAGUCAUUGCAGAUUUAACUGUCUUACAAACACACUGAUGGACUGGUGAUUGGAUACUUGGAUAAUGCUAUGGGAUAGUGUGACCACUUUCUGAGAGAGACGUGAACAAAGCGAAGGCGUGGACUGGUAUCUGUUUCGUGCCAAAACAAAGGCUUUGGAAUGGCGGUGGGGCCGUGUGGCCGAGAGCUGCAGGAGCAGCGUGUGAAGCUGGUGGAGGACUACAGCCGGCAUGUGACUUUCCUUCUGGAGAUGCUCUACCGGGCGGGGGAAGUGACAGAGGAGGAUGUGAGUCUUGUGAGAGGCGGGGGGCGUCUGGGGGAGCGCGACCGCAUGAGGAUGCUGCUGGACGUCCUGCAGGGGAGGGGAGAGGAGGCCUGCCGCGCUUUCCUUCUUUUGCUGCCGACGGUCACAGCCAUGCCAGCUGGAACACACCCACCGAAAGACGCAGCACACCAUGGACAGUGCACCCAAGAUGACAUGCAAGAGCUGCUGAAAAAGCACAAGGGGAUUCUGGGUAGGCAGCACAGCCUGACCGAUUACCUCAACAUCAGGGGCGGGGCUUCUGAGUGCCGCGAGGGCGGGACUUUCACAGAGAUCACUCUGUCACAGCGCGUGGGCUACACUGUUCCCCUGCAGUACCAGCACGAGACCACGGAGGUCGGGGACGCUUUCAGGAUAGUGGGGCUGGAGGGCGGCAGACACGAGAAGAUGUGCGAGUUUCGGGAGGUGUGUCAGAGUUUGCUGUCGGCGCGAGGAGAAGGGGUUACACUGCUUUCGGGGGUUGCUGGCAGCGGGAAGACCACGGUGGUGAGGCGGCUGGUGCGCGAGUGGGCCACCGACACAGACUCGCAGAAAGUCAUCUUUUCCCUGACUUUUAGAGAGCUGAACCUGAUCAGUACGCCGCAGAGCCUACACAAGCUGCUGUCUGUGCACUACAGCCACCUCAGGCCUAUCCUGGACCAUAUCUUGGCCUCCGAUCCUGCCAAAAUUCUGAUCAUCCUGGACGGGCUCGAUGAGUUUUGCCUUCCCCUGGACUUUGCCAGGACUCCGAAGUGUUCAGACCCGGAACUGGCGCAGAGCGUUGGGGAGAUGGUGGUGAACCUGAUCAAGGGGAACCUGCUGCCCGGCGUCUCCCUCCUGCUCACCUCGCGGCCCCACGCCAUCUCCAAGGUCCCGCCCCAGCAGGUGACAGUGCUCUACAGUGUCCUGGGCUUCUCUCGGGCCCAGCAGCAGCAGUACUUCGGGCGGAGCUGCGGAGCCCCCGAGGCGGCGGCGGCCGUGUGGCGCUACGUGUCUUCGCACCAGCCGCUGCUGCGCAUGUGCCACAUCCCCGCCUUCUGCUGGAUCGUCGCCACGGCGCUGCGGGGUUGCACGUCAUUCCUCGGCGAGGACGCCGCUGCGCUCAGCGGAGGCUAUCCACCGGUGGAGCCUGCGGGCGUGAGUGCACUCAAAGACACGCCCUCCCAGACACCUCCCGGUACGAAUGCUUUGCUUAUCACCGCCGGCGCUGCAGGCAAUUUAGAUAAGCCGGCCACGGUCACAGAGAUCUACUGCUGCUUCCUGAAAGCGGUAUUGGUGUUCCACGGGGAGGGGCGCGAAGGGGGGUCUCAGGUGUCCCGUCUGCAGGAUGCCCCUCGGGUGCUGCGCGAGACACGCCCGCUGCUGCGGGAUCUGGGCGCGCUGGCCUUCAAGGGGUUGCUGGAGAGGCGCUUUGUCUUCAGCAGCGAUGACCUGGGCGUCUUCUCCCUGGACUGCCGGGAGCUCUCCCAGGCCUUCCUCGUGGAGAUCCUCCAGGAGGACCGCGUCUCGCUCACUUACGAGAAGAGCUUCCACUUCAUCCACACCAGCGUGCAGGAGUUCCUGGCAGCUCUGUACUAUGUCCUGGAGGCCCUCUCUGGUUCUGAUCCGUUCUCUGGCCUCAAGCCCGCGGCCAUGCUGCUCCCACCCGCUCUGCGGAAGGCGCUAGCUGCUACCACACGCAGGCUACUGGGACAGAGGCGUCUCCUGCUUAGGCAUGUCAAGAAGGCUUUCCAUUGGAGUGAACAUCACCAGUCAGGCCACCUGGAUCUCUUCUGCAGGUUUGUGUCAGGGCUCCUAGUGCCUCGAACACGCCUCAUUUUGGAAGGGCUGUUCCCAAAAGAACCACGGAGACCCCUGUUUCGCUCUCACGCCCAUCGCGCCCUGCCCCCCACCCCUCACUUCCUCCUGUGCCUGCUCCAGUCCCAGCUACAGUGCAAAGGACUGAGCCCUGAGAGGCAGGUCAAUGCCUGUUACUGCCUGUAUGAGGCCCAGGAUCCCGGGCUGUCCCGGAGGAUGCAGGGGUGGCUGCAGCUCCUGGCCCAGCAGGCCCAGGCAUUCCCACCGGAGCAGGCGGAGAGAGACUGGAGCGAGCUGGCCUUCCUGCUGCAGCUCAACCCUGGGCUGCCUGAGCUGAGCCUGGAAGCGCAGGGUCUGGAUGCCCAGGGCCUGCGCAGGCUGUUGCCUGUGCUGCCACUCUUCAGCACUCUAAGGCUUGGGCAAAAUCCACUGGGGCCUGAGGGAGCAGCUGUCCUAUCCUCUGCCCUCCAGAGCCCAGACUGUCGCAUUGAGAGGCUGUGGGUCGUAGCGACAGGUCUUGGCUGUGAGGGGCUGAAGGUCCUGGCUCAGGCUCUGAAGCAGAACAGCACGGUGGUGGACCUCAGGAUGGCCAUCAAUGGAAUUGGGGAUGUGGGAGCAGCCCACCUGGCGGAGCUGCUGAGGGCUAACCGUACCCUUAAAGACAUCAGGUUGCGUGACAACCAGGUGACGGACAAGGGGGCAGAGCUUCUCAUGGCUGCUCUGAUUGAGAACACCACCCUGGAGUUCCUGUGGAUGUAUGACAACAAGGUCUCCAAGGAAGGCGUUAAGAAGCUGAAGGAGUUUGCCAAAAGUAGACCUGGCCUGGACAUCAAGGUGUGCGUCUGACACCUGGUCAACCCCUUGGCAAGGAUUGAUGCUGUCCUGUAUGAGGAGUGAGGCUAGAGGCCUCAUCUGCCCUGUGCAGAGGGGGGAACCCUGAACUGAACGUUGGCUUGCUGGGUGUGCCUCACUGAAUUUGGUUGCAAGCAAUUGUGUUCUUCUGAUACUGCUCUUAUUUGA